AUGCAUGCCGUUGCGCCUGCUGCCAUGCUCGCGGCCAAACCACACCCCGUAGUUUUAUGGCACGGGCUAGGCGACUCGGCCUACUCGUACUGGCUCAUCAAUAUGAAGCAGCGCUUGGAGCGGACAUACCCCGGCAUAUUUGUAUACAUUGUAUCGCUCGGCUCGAGCUACUACAAAGACCAGGGCGCGACGCUGUUUGGCGACGUAAACGCGCAGGUGGCGUACAUGUAUGAGACGCUGCAGUUUGUGCCCGAGCUACAGGAUGGCUUUGACGCAAUCGGUUUUUCCCAAGGAGGCCAAUUUCUGCGUGCGUAUGUAGAGCGGUACAACGUUCCGCGCGUGCGCAACUUGAUCACAUUCGGGUCGCAGCACAUGGGGAUUACAGAGCUGUCUGUAUGCCACAGGUACGACUACUUUUGCCGAUACGUCCACCACCUGCUCGAUGGCCAAGUGUACUCAAACUAUUCUCAAACGCACCUUGUGCCUGCCCAGUAUUUCCGCGAUACAAGGAGCGUCGAGCAGUUUGCCCUGUACAACCAGGCAAACCAAUUCUUGCACGAUAUUAACAAUGAAGGGACUGUGAAAAAUGAGACGUACGCGGCGAACCUCGCGGGCCUGGAAACGUUUGCCAUGGUCCAGUUUACCCACGAAGAAACGGUCGUGCCGAGCGCCUCGUCAUGGUUUGAAGCGUACAAUGAUCCGUGCAAAAAAGAGUGCGAUGCGGAGAUUGUGCCACUGCGUGCGAGCGCAAUCUACCGCGAAGACUGGAUCGGGCUUGGCGCACUGGACCGCCGCGGCGCGCUUGCUUUUCUCACGUGCGAUGGACGUCAUAUGGAAAUCACACCGGAAUGUGCCAAAGCCACGCUGGGCACGUACAUCGGCCGCCCCUUGCUUGGCGCUUGGGACGCGGCAGUCGAUCUCAACGUGCACAGCAAUCCUGUGCAGCGCGCCGUCAGUCCUUUUUUGCUCGCGCUCUGUGCACUUGUCCUGUGCAUGGGCAUUUUUGUGCUGCGCCGCAAAAAGCCGAGCCUUGCUGCGCUAUAG